AUGGGAGAUGCGGCGAAAGGCCAAAUGUGCGCCGCGAACAAAACACAUCGAGGCAACUUUGCACCGAUCCAUCGUCAGCUCAACCUAGAGCCGUGCACAUACUCUGGAACUAUUCCUGUUGAGUUACAUGGUGGUCAGUAUGUUCGAAAUGGUGGCAAUCCGAGCUUUGGAGACGAGCUCACUGGCCAUGUGCACAUGUUCGAUGGUGACGGCAUGCUUAGUGGUGUAUUGUUCCGAUCAACUGAACAAUCUGGAAAAGUCGAGCCCUGCUUUGUCAAUCGCUACAUCUUGACAGAUGUCUUUCUUGCUACAAAGUCGAUGCCCCAACUGCGUUCAUCGAUAUUGCCAAGUAUCGCGACACUGAUUCACCCUGCUGAUUCUGCAAUUUCAACAUUCUGUGAACUUUGUCGCUUCUUAAUCCUCAUUAUUUGGUCCCAGUUCAACUUUAAUGGACCACCAGUCCGUGUAAUCAGUGUCGCAAAUACAGCGGUUCUUUAUCACGACAAGAUAACAAUAGCAACCUGUCAGACUGGACCACCGAUGAGGGUACAGUUGCCAAAUCUAGAGACCAUCGGCUGGUACAAUGGAAACUCAGCGGAUCACGAGCAAACAACUUCGCGCUCCGAUGAUAAUUUAUUCGGUCGCAGUGGACUACUUGGCUUUUUGAAAGAUUGGACCACCGCUCAUCCACGCGUUGACUACACCACUGGGGAGCUAAUAUCAUUUCAAUCUUCUUUCUUACCCCCUUUCGUCUGGUACUCUGUCAUUCCUAGCACGGGAGAAGGACAAUCUCAAAAAUCUUCAUUACAUGCUUCCGUGCCAGGAAUAUCGGACCCGAAAUUGAUGCAUGAUUUUGGCGUCUCACCCAACUACACCGUGAUUCUUGAUCUCCCAAUGUCAUUGGACCCCAUCAAUAUGCUGAGGGGGAGACCAAUAGUUCAUUAUGAUCAGCACUCACCAUCACGGUUUGGUGUCUUCCCCCGACACGAUCCCGGCAGAGUAAGAUGGUUCAAAACAGAGGCUUGCUUCAUCUUCCACACCGCCAGCACUUGGGAUGAACUUGCACCAAAGUCUGCAAGAGAUGACGAAGUUGAGGCAGUGAACAUGGUCGCAUGUCGCUACACUAGCGCAGAUAUGCUGUAUUCUAUGGGCGCCAUUGAUACAAUUUCGAGUCCAAAGUUCCCCGAGGACCAGGGGAGCGAUAGUCGACUCUAUUAUUAUAGAUUCGUACUGUCAGACAAAGAACUGAAUCUUAUCUCUCAUCAAUGGGCCUUGUCUGCUAUUCCCUUUGAGAUGCCAGUUAUCUCACCCUCCUGCUUGACAACUGCACCCACGUUCAUAUACGGAUGCUCCUCAAAAGAUGCAAUGUUUGGAUCAAGUACAGGCGAGCCUAUGAAAGUCGACUGUCUUGUCAAAAUUGACAUCAAAACUUUAAUUCGACGAGGAAUUGAAAAAGAAACCAAAGGAGUCGCUGGCUGCGUUGAUGAAAGAGGCAUCGCAGAGAUUUUGCAGAACGAUGACGAUGAAGAUUCUAUUAAAAUUUUCCAAGCACCGGAAGGGUGGUACGCCCAAGAGCCUCGAUUUGUUCCUCGGCACGACGCUCAGUCUGAGGAUGAUGGAUACCUCCUCACUCUAAUGUUUGAUGAGACCCAGCUGAAUGAAGAUGGAGCGGCUCCGGAUGACGUUAACAGCGAGCUCUGGAUUAUUGAAGCGCGCGAUAUGACCAGUGUGGUGGCGAAGAUCUUCCUUCCACAAAGAGUGCCCUAUGGAUUUCAUGGCACCUGGUUUACUCAAGAACAGAUCGAAAUGCAGAGGUCAUAUAGAUCUUCGCGCACGGAGAAAUGGGCUAAUCUAUAA